AUGUAAUUGCAUAAUUUGUAGGGAAUAGAUAUGAAUAUGUGUAUGUAAAGGUACCUAUAGUAAAAAUUACAUUAUCAUUUGACCAUGUACCUUAAAAAAAUAAAUCAAAAUUUAUAAAGCUUCCACUCUCAAAUUAUUAAACAAUAUAAUGUUAUGCUGAAGGAUGGUUGGAAUUUAAAGUGA